AUGGCACUGGGCAGAUCCAUCUGGGAAGGUUGGACCUUGGAGAAUGAGGCCUUGACUCGAGAUGUGGGCACCUGGCUCCUGCUCUGGACCUGCAUCUGCUGGGGAGUCUCUGUCCCAGAGGAAGGAGGAGGGACAAGGGCUGAAACUUUUACUUGCCUCACCAACUACAUCCUCAGGAUUGAUUGCUACUGGUCUGCCCUAGAGCUGGGCCAGGGCUGUGGGCCCUGGCUCCUCUUCACCAGCAACCAGGUACCUGGCAGCAAGCACAAGUGCAUCUUCCAGGGUAGUAGGUGUACUGUGGUGCUGCCGCCUGAGGAGGUGCUCCUGCCUUCUGACAACUUCAGCAUCACUCUCCACCACUGUGUCUCUGGGAUGGAGCAGGUCAGCCUCGUGGACCCAGAGUACCUGCCCCGGAAACAUGUUAAGCUGGACCCUCCCUCUGACUUGCAGAGCAACACCAGCUCUGGCUCCUGUGUCCUGACCUGGAGUAUCAGUCCUGCCCUGGAGCCAAUGGCAGCACUUCUCAGCUACGAGCUGGCCUUCAAGAGGGAGGAAGAGACCUGGGAGCGGGCCCAGCACAAGGACCACAUAGUUGGGGUGACCUGGUUUACCCUUGAAGCCAUUGAGUUGGACCCUGGCUGCACCUAUGAAGCCAGGCUACGUGUCCAGAUGGCCACUCUGGAAGGGCUCAUGUCAGAGGAGGAGCGCCAUGAGGGCCAGUGGAGCAACUGGAGCCAGCCUGUGUGCUUCUCCUCUCCUCGAGGUGGCCUCUUAAUUUCAUCAGAGAGAUGGCCAGAGGCCAUCCUUGUUGCGGUGACCAUCUUUCUUCUGCUGACUGGCCUGACCUACCUCCUGUUCAAACUGUCACUCAGGGUGAAGAGAUCCUUCUACCAGCAUGUGCCCUCGCCAGCGGUGUUCUUUCGGCCCCUCUACACUGUGCAUGGUGGGAACUUCCAGACCUGGGCAGGAACCCACAGAGCUGGUUCACAGCCCACCCAGGACUGGGACAGUACCCCACAAGGAGACUCCGAGCCCGGCGUGUGCGAGGCCAUCACACUGCUCACAUACAGCCCAGCAUGGCUCUGGCACCCAGCAUGGCCCUGGCAAUCCUCAGGCCUGGAAGAGGAAGCAAACCCUGGCUCUGGCCUCCCAGGGUCCUUGAGCUCAGAGGAUGUGGUGCCAGCACAGUGUGUGGAGUUGUGGGAACAGUCGACACCCUACCUGCCUCAGGAGGACUGGUCCCCCAUGUCCUCCACCAGACCGGCUGCCCCAGACUUGGAGGAUGGCAGCAGUGACUACUGUGUCCUGGAUUGCUAUGGGGGUUGCCACCCCUCAGUCCUCCCAGGACGUAUGCAGAGUCCUGUGCCCAUCCCAGCCUUGGCCUGUGGAUUUUCCUAUUUUCAACAGAAUUUGGAUGCCCAGCAGGGAUGUGCCUAUGAAGGACCUGGUCACAGUCAGGGUCACAGACUCCCUGAGGAGCACUAG